AUGACAACAAAUCAUAGACCAACAUUAGAAGCAAAACGAGGUAAAUCUAUCCAAAUACGUGAUUCAAUCGUUCAUUCACGUGCACUACCCCAACAAACUUCGUUGAAAUAUCGACAAGAUAUUCCGGGAAAGAGAUAUCAUGAUGCUGUGAAGGAGUUGAAGUUGGAACUAGCCCAACGGGAGCUGGAUGAGGAGGAUGAGCCCGGGAGGAAGAGAAGUAGGAUAGUUCCUGGUGAGAAUAAUGAAGAUGAUGUAGGUCAGAAAGAAAGACGUCUUGAUGAACAAGAUCAGCUGCUGGAAGAAAGUGAACAAGAUAGUAAUGAUGAGGGGGAGGAGGAUGACGACGACGAUGAUGAGACAGCGUUACUUCUUGCCGAAAUUGAAAAAAUACGACAAGAACGAAAACAAGAAGAAGAAUCGAAAAAACAGGAAAAAGCACUUUCAUCAAAUCCGAUAUUAAAUCUAUCUAAAAAUCCAACCAAUAAUCCUGAGAAGAAGAAAAGUUGGAGACUGCUGACUACAUUUAGUAAUAAUAAGAAUAAAAAGAAGGGUGAUGAGAAGAAAGAAAAAUAUACUAGUGAUACGUUGAAUUCGGAAUAUCAUCAGAAAUUCUUAUCGAAAUAUGUAAAGUAG